AUGGCACCGCCUCUCUUCCUCCACGAAUACAAGGAGCCCGGCGUCUGGGCCGUCCAUGCCGACCGCAAGAUCUACCACCUCCCCAACCUCUUCCAGCGAUGCCCCAGCGCUACAAGACCGACGCGGCCAUCCAGCGCUACCUGCGCGAUGUACCUGGCCAUGGAGUUUGUGAGCGGGGCGGUGCCGAUGGACGAGCUGUCUGAAGCGGAGCGCAAGGUCGUGGAGAAGGAGUUGCGCGUGCAUAUGGAGACGUUGAAGAGCCUGCGGUCGGGUACACCGGGUGUGCCGGGGGAGGAGUUCCUCGUCGGGCCUGUACGCGUGUGUGGUUACCGCUGGCACUACCACACCUGCUGGCGGCCGCGACCGGGGGCUUUCCCUGCCCCCAAGAGCGGGGAAGACGGGAAAGAAGGCGGUGGUGGUCAGUUUGUGCUCUGCCACAACGACCUCGCGCAGCAGAACGUGCUCGUGGACCCCAAGACGCUGAAGAUCAAAGCGAUUAUCGACUGGGAGUUUGCCGGGUUCUGGCCGCCGUGGUUUGAGCGGCCGUAG